GCGGGCUCGCCGGUGAGGGGCACGCGGCCGCCCCGCCAUGUCGGUCCGCCGCGCCUUGGCGCUCGCCGCCUGCGGGCUGGCGGGCGGCUCCGUCCUGCUCUCCGCCGUCGUCGUGGGCAAGCAGCCGGCCCGCGGCGGCACCGACAGCGAGCCGCGCCCGGGGGGCUCCGCCGUGCCCUCCGCCGCGCCGCCCGGCUUGCUGCUGCUGCCGCCCGCCGCCUCCUGCCCGCCGACCGCCGGCUGGAUCGAGAGACCCGCGGGCAGCGGCAGCUACUGGGACAGCAACUGGGACAGACGUGAACCACUGGCUCUUAUCAACCUCAAAAAGAAAAAUGAAGAAACCGGKGAAGAAGAACUUGCCUCUCGCUUAGAUCAUUGCAAAGCAAAAGCCACCAGGCACAUCUUCCUGAUCCGUCAUUCCCAGUAUAAUUUGGAUGGCCGUGCUGAUAAAGACAGAACUCURACCCCACUGGGUCGAGAGCAGGCUGAAYUGACUGGGCACAGGCUGGCAAGCUUGGGAUUAAAAUUUGAUCAGAUUAUCCAYUCCUCCAUGACUAGAGCAACUGAAACAACUGAAAUUAUAAGCAAACAUCUCCCAGGAGUCAAAAAAAUUAGUACUGAUCUGCUGAGAGAGGGAGCACCUAUAGAACCAGACCCUCCAGUCUCCCACUGGAAACCAGAAGCUGUGCAGUAUUACGAAGAUGGAGCUCGAAUUGAGGCUGCUUUUCGAAACUUCAUUCAUAGAGCUGAUGCCAAGCAGGAGGAGGACAGCUAYGAGAUCUUUGUGUGCCACGCCAACGUCAUCCGCUACAUCGUGUGCAGAGCACUGCAGUUCCCCCCAGAAGGCUGGCUGCGACUGUCUCUCAACAAUGGCAGCAUCACUCACUUGGUGAUACGUCCCAAUGGCAGAGUGGCCCUUCGAACACUGGGUGACACAGGUUUCAUGCCUCCAGACAAAAUCACACGCACCUGAAUGAGCAAAAUGGAUGGAUGGCUGUCCAGGAGCUGCCUCUAGUCUCUUUGCACUAGCACAUUCUGCUACAGUACUAGAUUUUUAUUACUUUGGGGUGUGAUGCUGUCCUAAAAUGUCCUUUAGCCCCUUUCCUUCUUCAUAUUCAUAUCUGCCUUUCAGUCCAGAAAAGAAGAAACCUUUGUGAGCCUGAAGCUGUCCAGUCCUUACAUAUUCCCCAAAACUCAGAGCUGAGCUGUGGAAGACAGAGAUUGAAUUUCUGCUCAGCAGUUGCAGGAGCACUGACUUUCCCCCCAUCCCGCUGUGAAUUUCCCUAACCAAAGCUUGCUCCUGUGGGUAUUUUUCUUGKGCAGGAAGSCGAUUGGUGUGGGAACAGCCUUGURUCACACUGCAGCUAAAAGGAAAGGUGAGCCAGCUUGUUCCAGCUCCUGCAGAAGUGACAAACAGGGUAUUCUGCUGUUCAAAGGACAAAGGGAUAAAGCUUCAGUUUUUGUAAGCUGUUGAGUGUGUAUGUUGAUGUUGUGUCAUUGUUCCCCUCUGCCCCCAAAAAGCCCAUGUGAACUGUGCCUGGAGGUUACAAGCAUAAAGGAGAGAGGGUAAAAAACCAUUUGCCUCAGAGCUGUGGUGCUAGAACUACUUGCUGCUUAUAUUAAGUGUUCCAGCAUCCUCAUGAUGUCCUUUAAGAUGUUCUUAAGMAUGUUCUUCAGUCUUUAACUGAACCAUGGUCUGGAGAAGGCUGUAGGGRUGAGUCUGUAGCAGUAAGAUGGAAGGAAAGGAAAGCAGUAAUCUUCUCAAAGUGCAUUCAAUUACUGACUCAUAUUUUUGAGUACUCUUUCCCACUGAUUUCUAUUUGUUGAUGCCUUUCAGAGUAAAGCAAUACCACCACUGCAUUCAGGGUAGUGGUGCUGCAGGUCAGAGGUUCUGCAGCACUGGAGCAAACUGCUGUUGCCAGAAUGGUGAGCAAGUGGCCAUGAGCUGGUUUGUCUAGGCUGACUGUAUAGGAUAAACAUCAGGCAGAAUGCUCCAAGGGCCUCCUUCCUACAGCCCUGACACUGCUGGGCUGGKGGCAGGGGAGGGCUCGGAAUCAUUCUGAAGGUUGCUGGGCACCUCACCCAGUGUAGAAUCUUGSCUCAGUUAACAGGUGGUGGCCUGGAAAAUUUUCCCAUAUGCAUUUUCUGCCUUGAGGAAGGAGCACAGACUGUAGGACAGCAAACAUAAUUAACUUGUUUGACAGGUUCUCUGAUCAUUAAGGAUGUUGRUGAAAUGCUGAAUUUACUCCUGUUAGAGCUGGAUGAAGCAUAAUCAGGGCAUACAAUUUAUGGAGGAUUUAAGGGCUUGAUACUGAACUGCUACAUUGGGAUAAUUUCAAGGAACUGGGACUGGURGGGAACAAACUGAUCAUUUUAGGGGGCAAGAGGAAACCAUCAUGACGCAUCUCUCAUUGAUGCAAUGAGAAUAAUUYAUCAAUUUUUGUCUAUUAACUUUUUAAAAGUUUUGAAUAAAAUACGUGGUCUGUCUUUCUUUCCUGUCUCUUCAGCUGAAUGGCAGCAUGGGCAGCUGUAGCAAAUGUGGCUGGAGCUCUGCAGGAGCUGCUGUACAGGAGCUGUCAUGUCCUGCUCUGCUCAGGGCAGCAGCUCUUACCAACCCCCUGAACUGUAAACUUGAGAUGGGAGCCAGAGCAGUGAAUUGCCCUCAGCCACAGAGCUGCCCAAGAGGGAACUGCUGUAGCCAAAGCACAGCCAUUUGCAGGGCUGUGUCACCACCAUGAGGAACAGGAGCACCAGCACCUGUACACUGAAAAUUCUGUGCAUUUUUAUUAUUGUGUGUGCACAUGUCCCCGUCACACAUUCCCUUCUCCAUCCCGUGUCAGUGAACAAGCUCCCGGUGGGCAACAAGAGGACACAACAGCUCUUUGCCCAGGUACAGAAAUUAACAACAGUUUUGGUGACAGUUAAAGUGCGAGUGGAAGUGUGAAAUCUAAAAUAAUUUCUUUUUUUACCGUAGUUUGAGUUCCUGGCUCUUCCAGCACUGUAGCGCUUCAGUGGUGUAGUCCAUUGUUACUGUCCACAUACACAAAAGCUGCAGGUAUUGUGUGAGCAAGSCCUGGAGUUGUCCUGUCAUGGAAUAACCCAGCUCCUCCCCACAUUCCAUACACUUAAACACAGGGUGCUCCUUUCAGCUAUUCAUUUGAUUUUUAAUAGAAAGAAAGAUACUUCUGUAUUUUAAACAUGACACUUUGCUAAUUAAAAAACAACAAAACAACAACUGAUUGUUUGCACCUUUAAAAGUGAACUUUUGGCCAAGAAAACACAAUUCAAGCACUACCACUCUGAUUUUAAGUGUCUCCACAGGCUCAGUGUUGAAGGGCUUUCUUCACAAAAUCACAAAUGAUCAAAUCACUACAUAAAUUGCUAUUUUUGUCAUAGCUGAAGUAACACAUUGUUAGAAAAAUGACCUUUUAAGUGCAGUACAACUGGACUAACGCACAUUAUAUAACACAGUUAAAAAAAUAUUUUCCUGACUGAACCAAAACAUUACAAAGGCAAGGGUGUGGCAGGUGGGUGGGUGUGGGGGGUGUCUGGCUACAUGUACAAACCAGUAACAUACAUUUAAAUAUUAAAAAAAAAUAAAGCAAAGCAUAAUAAAAGUAUAAAGGACAAAGAACUAGAGUGUUAGUAUCAGUCCCUGGCUCAGUAACAAAUCCUAGGAAAGGGGCAACGCUGCUGUAUGACAGCUCUGAAGGACCAGGGGGGAGAACAGCAGCUGCACCCACAGCAACAUAGCCCAGCAGUUUGGCUUCAACAUGGUAUUAGGCAGUUACAGCAGCUGAUUACUUUCUCCAGAAUGAUAAAGAUGUAAUUUACAUUAAACUAUUUCAAAAACCAACCAACCAGCCGGAAAAAAAGGCCAACCCCAAACCUUUUGGAGUAAAAGURUAGGUUUUGAGAUCACAGAGCCUGCUGCAUAAAAAAUUAA